AUGGCAGUACCUUCUUCUUGUGAUUGGACUCAUGAUGUCUUUCUAAGCUUUAGAGGCACUGAUACCCGAAACACUUUUACUGGUAAUCUCUACAAUUCUCUCCAACAAAGAGGUAUAAACACUUUCUUUGAUGAAGACACAAUUCAUGAAGGAGAUGAAAUCACACCUACUCUUCUCCAAGCCAUUGAACACUCCAGAAUUUUCAUUGCUGUUUUCUCCAAUGACUACGCAUCUUCAACUUUCUGUUUGACUGAACUUGUCACCAUUCUUGAGUCUGCCAAGUCACAUGAAAGGUUGUUUUUUCCUAUUUUUUAUGAUGUGGAUCCUUCCCACAUUCGACACCUAAUUGGAACUUAUGGUGAAGCUUUAGAAAGACACGAAAAGAGGUUUAUAAAUGACAAGGAUAAGGUGCAGAAAUGGAGGGAUGCUUUGCGUCAAGCUGCUAAUGUUUCCGGAUGCCAUUUCAAACCAGGGUCUGAAUCAGAAUAUAAGUUUAUUGGGAAGAUAGUUGAUGAGGUCUCUAUAAAAAUCAACCGUGUUCAUUUGCAUGUUGCAAGCAAACCUGUUGGGUUGGAGUUUCAAAUGUUAAAAGUUACAUCUCUCCUUGAAUCUAAUGAGAGAGUCGGCAUGGUAGGCAUUUAUGGAAUUGGCGGAAUAGGAAAAUCAACACUUGCUCGUGCUGUGCAUAACUUGGUUGCUGAUCAAUUUGAAAGUGUGUGUUUUCUUGCUGACAUAAGACAGCAGGAAGCUCAAAUGGUCUUACCCACCUCCAAGAAACACUACUGUCUGAAAUACUCGGAGAGAAGGAUAUUAAAAGAGAAGCAGUUACAGGUACUCGUAGGCGAACAUGAUUGGUUUGGCUUCGGCAGCAAGAUCAUAAUCACUUCAAGAGACAAGCAUUUGCUGGCCACUCAUGGGAUUGUGAAAGUGUAUGAGGUCAAACAGUUAAACAAAGAAAAGGCUCUUGAAUUAUUUAGUUGGCAUGCAUUUAAAAUUAAAAAAAUGAAUUCAAGUUAUGUGGAUACUGCAAAACGUGCAGUAUCUUAUUGUCAAGGUCUUCCCUUGGCUUUGGAGGUGAUAGGUUCUCAAUUGUUUGGAAAAAGUUUAGGUGUAUGGAAAUCCUCAUUAGAUAUGUAUGAAAAAGUCAUUCAUAAAGACAUCCAUGACAUUCUGAAAGUUAGCUAUGAUGAUUUGGAAGAAGAUAUAAAGGAUGAGCUUAUUGACAAAUCCCUCAUGAAAAUUGAUAACAAUGGUUGUGUGAGAAUGCAUGACUUGAUUCAAGACAUGGGCAGAAAAAUUGUGAGGCAGGAAUCAACAUUGGAGCCUGGACGUCGCAGUAGAUUAUGGUUUAGUGAUGACAUUGUUCAUGUUUUGGAAGAAAACAAGGGAACCGAUUCAAUAGAAGUCAUAAUAUGCGACUUGCACAAAUACAAAAAAGUGAAAUGGUGUGGAAAAGCCUUCGGCCAAAUGAAGAACUUGAAAAUCCUUAUAAUUAGAAGUGGACGAUUUUCCCAAAGUCCUCAAAUUCUUCCAAAUAGCUUGAAAGUGCUUGAUUGGAGUGGAUAUCAAUCAUCCUCUUUGCCAUCUGAUUUUAAUCCCAAGAAUCUUGCAAUACUUAACCUUCCUGAAAGUUGCCUUAAACAUUUUGUAUCAUUCAAGAGCUUUGAGAUGUUGAACUUUAUAGAUUUUGAAGGCUGCAAGUUCCUAACCGAGAUACCUAGUUUAUCUAGAGUGCCAAAUUUAGGGGCAUUAUGUGUCGAUUAUUGCACAAAUUUAAUUAGAAUUCAUGACUCAGUUGGGUUUCUUGAGAGGCUUGUGUUAUUAAGUGCUCAAGGAUGCACUCAAUUAGAAUGUCUGGUUCCUUUCAUCAACUUACCAUCUUUAGAGACUUUAGAUCUUAGAGGUUGCUCACGUCUUGAAAGGUUCCCUGAAGUAGUUGCAGUAAUGGAGAAUAUAAAAGACGUUUAUUUAGAUCAGACUGCCAUAAAAGAAUUGCCUUUUACAUUUAGAAAACUUGUUGGCCUGCAACGUUUGUUCUUGAGGGGAUACCAUAGAAUGAUCCGGCUACCCAGCUAUAUAUCUGCGAAAUGUGAGAUAAUUACAGCUUAUGGUUGUAGAGGAUUUCGAUCAUUCGACGAUGAAGAAAAAGUAAGCCCAAAAGUGUUUGAAGAUGCCAUGCUUGUUCGUAAUGAAUAUGGAUGGUUUUACCUUGAUAUGUAUUCUUGUUACACGACCUCCAACGAUGUCAUUGAAGUAUGUAUGCCUCUGAGUGAUUAUGAAUUUGGGUUUUUAGAUAUGAGCCGAAAUCUUACGGUUAAAAAGAACGAAUCAUCUUUGUGGUUUUUGUUUCAAAAAAAAUUCCCCAGGAUAUGUCUAAUGUGUUUUGUACAAACUGAUAAGCAUUUGGACAACAUGAUAUUCAUUUUCAAGUUGAAAGUACUCAUCAAUGGCACUGAACAAUUUACUUCCCAAUGUAAAUACAUAUUUUAUACAAAAAAAGUGACUAAACAAUGUUUUGUUUGUGAUGUACAUUGCAAAGUGGGGGGUGUAUUUUCUGGGAAUGAGUGGAAUAAGGUGGAGAUUUUAUGUGAGUUGAAAACUCUCACGCCAUGUGAUUUGGAAAGGGUGAUGGCCUCUCAGAUUGGGACCACUACGAGUACUGCAACUUGGGAUUUCAGGUUAGAAAACAUAGGGGAUGAUUUGAGUUUUAUUGACAAUCCUGAUUCUCCCCUGUCAACUGAAAUAGGGUUAAAUAUUGAUUUUCCCCCUGUGAAGUUGAAAAAGUAUUUUGUUUAUGAUUCGUUCUAUAUAGAACAAACAUUCUUCCACUAUAAAUCCAUAUACCCUGUACUGAGCACUACGAGUACUGCGGCUUGGGAUUUAAGGUUAGAAAACCUAGGGGACCAUAUUCCAUGUUUGGCUGAUUAG